AAGCAGCGAAAUAUUCGCAAAGUUCAUAUAAAACAGAAUUUGAUUUACGAACGCAGAAAUUUGGGAAUUUUUGGUUUUCGCGCUUUCGAUAAGAUAGAAAAUAUGUACAAAAACUUCAUAUUUCUGGUCAUAUUUUGUGGUUUCGUGCAUAUUUUGCUGACAUCGGCCACACCGCGUGGUCGAGAAGUGAGUUUCGAGCGCGAUGGUCGUAUUAUCAACGGUACCUUGGCGGAAUUCAAUGAUACCAAGCAUCAGGUCUCAAUACGCCGUCGUACAAAUGACGGGUAUUUCUUUGGUACCGGACAUUUGUGUGGUGGCUCACUGAUUAGAGCCAAUGUGGUGCUCUCAGCCGCACAUUGUUUUGUCGAUUACAACAUCAACAAUGGCUCAUUCCGUCCGGCCACAGACUUCAUUGUCGUCAUGGGCAAUUUGGAUCGCUUCGAACGCAAUAAUUACACGCUCGUAUUUGACAUUGCAGAAGUCGUUUAUGAUGUGAGCUACUUUAAUUUAUCCACCUCUGAGUCUGAUAUUGCUUUGGUGUUCCUGAACGAUUCAGUGCCAGCAACGUACACUCGAGCCGAGGCAAUUAAUAUAACUACGGAGCCAGUGGCCGCCGGUACUGUUUGUCAGGUGACCGGCUGGGGCCAAACUGAAAAUGAUACUCUGUCCGACUACUUGCUGACUGUGGAUGUGCCCAUCAUAGAUUUCGACGUGUGUGCCAGCAAUUCGAGUUUCUCGCAAGGUAUGCUCCGUGAAGGGAUGCUUUGCGCGGGCUAUUCGGAGGGCGAGCGUGAUGCAUGCAGCGGUGAUUCUGGUGGUCCACUGGUGUGCAAUGAACAAUUGGCUGGUAUUGUGUCAUGGGGAAUCGAAUGCGCACAACCAAGCCUACCAGGUGUCUAUACAAAUGUUUCCUAUUGGGCGAAAUGGAUCGAUUCACACCUUAAUAGCGCAGCGAGUUUCACUCACACUUCUGGUCUCAUGAUUUUUGUGGCUUUAUUUUGUGCUUUAACAUUGAACAGAUAG